CGAGGGAAAUAACGGUGGCUAAGUUUAUUGUUCGACGGAAGAUCCAUCGUUUCAGCGCCAUGUCUAAGAUUGGAUUAGCAGUAUUUAUCGUUGCGCUCACCCUGGUGCGUUCCGAGCCUCCAGUGAAUUCUUAUUUACCACCGGGCGGAGGUGGUCCCGGGGGUGGUAAUGGUGGAGGUGGCGGAGGUCCUUCAAACACUUACGGACCACCUGGAUUCGAUGGUCAGAAUGGUAUCGGUGGAGGCCCUGGAGCUUCCGGUGGUGGUUUAUCGAAUAGUUACGGAGUACCUACUGGUGGAAACGGUUUCAACGGUGGUGAUUCUGGCAAUGGAAGACCUAGCUCGAACGGUGGGCGAAACGGUGGUAGCAGAGGAAAUGGUUUCGGAGGUGGUCAGCCUUCCAGCUCUUACGGGCCGCCAUCCAGUGGAUUCGGUGGAAACGGAGGAUCUGGUGGCGGAAGACCCUCGAGCAGCUAUGGAGCACCUGGUGGAGGAAAUGGAUUCGGCAAUAGUGGAAACAACGGCGGUAGCAAAAACGGAUUCGGUGGCAGUCCAUCGAGCAAUUAUGGCCCUCCGGAAAGUGGAAACGGAUUCGGUGGUGGUAAUGGGGGUGGAGCUCCGUCUGGCCUCUACGGACCUCCGGGAAGGAAUGGAAACGGAAAUGGUGGCAAUGGUGGGCGACCAUCGAGCAGCUACGGUACUCCUGAUAGGAACGCUGGAAGACCGUCAGGACUUUACGGACCACCUGGCAGAAAUGGAAAUAACGGUGGCAACGGCGGAUAUCCGUCCGGAGGACCCAGUGGCAACGGAGGUGGCAAUGGGGGCUAUCCAGCUGGUGGUCCAGGUGGCAGCGGAGGCUUUCCUUCUGGUAGUCCAGGCGGCAACGGAGGCUAUCCUUCGGGAGGUCCUGCUGGAAAUGGAGGCUAUCCCUCUGGAGGUCCAGGUGGAAACGGUGGAGGCAAUGGUGGAGGUUACGGAGAAAAUGCGGAUGAUGGAAGUAACGAACCAGCAAAAUACGAAUUCUCUUACGAAGUAAAAGAUGAUCAAUCCGGGGCUGAUUACGGACAUACCGAAAGCAGAGACGGCGACCGAGCUCAAGGAGAAUUCAACGUAUUACUUCCCGAUGGAAGGAAACAAAUUGUUGAAUACGAAGCCGAUCAAGAUGGGUUCAAGCCUCAGAUUAGAUACGAAGGUGAAGCGAACUCGCAAGGAUAUGGAUCUGGAGGACCAGGGGGUAACGGUGGAGGUGAUUUUGGUAGUAAUGGAUAUCCAAGUGGCGGACCUAACGGAGGUGGCAAUGGUUACCCUUCAGGAAGGCCAGGUAAUGGACCUGACUUCAACGAUGGAGGUUUCCCGUCCGGGAGACCAGGUGGUGCCAACGGUGGAUACAGAAACGGAAACAAUGGUGGCAAUGGUAAUGGAGGAUAUCCAUCCGGAAGCGGUGGCGACGCUGGGGCCAACGGAGGAUACCAAUACUAA